AUGGGGUAUCCUAUUCUCCCACCCAAGGGACUUCACUCCUGUCUGCACCACUGAGCUAGCCUGUGCCGCUAGGAUCAGCAAUGAGUUCAAGAAACGAGGAGUGAAGAUGAUUGCCUUGUCUAUUGACAGUGUUGAGGAUCACCGCAACUGGAGCAAGGAUGUGAUGGCAUUUAACAGUGACGCUGAAAGCGCUCUGCCCUUCCCCAUUAUUGCUGAUGACAAGAGAGAGCUGUCUGUCCAGCUUGGCAUGCUGGACCCUGAUGAGAGAGACAAGGACGGCCUGCCCCUCACCGCUCGCUGCGUCUUUGUGGUUGGCCCCGACAAGAAGCUGAAGCUGUCCAUCCUCUACCCUGCCACCACAGGAAGGAACUUUGAUGAGUUGCUCCGAGUUAUUGACUCUCUGCAGCUCACUGCACAGAAGAAGGUUGCCACACCUGUCGACUGGAAGCCUGGUGACAAAGUCAUGGUCAUUCCCUCGCUCUCUGAGGCUGAAGCUGCUGCUCUCUUCCCCAAUGGUGUGACCACUAAAGAGGUUCCUUCUGGGAAGAAAUACUUGCGCUACACCCAGCCCUGAAGAGACACUAAAGACUACAUCCCGCACUAGUUUACUGCUCUUUGACCUGAAAAUCUUCAAAUAAUAACGUAAUAAUUCACAUACAGAAAUGACCAAAAUCAUAGAUGCACUUAUCUGGUUUGGUGGCUAUUGUGUAAUCAUGCAAUGUGUCCAUCAAUGAACCGGGAUCAUUUAUAGUGUCAUUGUACAGUGCCUUGCUUACCUUCCUUCAGUAAACACACUUUUCACACA